AUGGUUAAACUAGUUGACUGCUCGAAAUGCUGCAAGAAAGAAGCACAUGAAUACAAAGUGGUGGCAUGCAAUGAACUUUACCCACUGUACAAUCAACAGAUGUGCGACAACUGCUUCGAAUAUACCGAACCUCCGCACGAAAGUAAGAAUUGCAUAGAAAGCGUUGGGAAAAGUUGUAAAUCAUGCGGCCACGCUGCAUGCCCAAAGAAUAAAUGCCCCCAGCUGGGUGGGUUGAAGAUUUCUGAGAUUGGGCAAGAUAUUGCAGAUAGAUUCACUCCCGACGCGCGAGAUGCAUGGUUAAAAGAAUAUGGACCCCAGUCCAAUGCAGCAUUAAGAGCAGCGUCUCAAGCUUCAGCUAACACCGCUGGACAAUCAAACCCUCUACCAGAGCCUCUUGACGAUAACAGAACGAUGGAAGAGAAACUUCAAAGCUCGUAUGAUGAAGAGUCUCGAGGAAUCCCCAAAGCCGAGAGCCAAACUUGGGAUCAAUCUACUAAGAUUAACGCGAACUUUUACAAAGUCGGUCUGAGAAGCGAUGCGCAGAUCUUGAAAUACUCGAUUUGCCUUGGUAGAAUCAUUUCUCGCGGAAAGCCCGAAGGGUUCGUACCUACACGACCAGAAACCAAGCGCUAUCUAAUCACGCGGCUUUUCGAGGAAAACAAAGAUCUAUUCGAACCAAUCAGCUGGGCUACCGACUAUGACUCCUUUAUUGUCUCUAAUGAACCACUUGGGAAGCAUGAUUUGAGCAAGAUCGGACUCUCUAUUCCAACACCACAUACACGCAGCGGACCCGAUGGUAACCCGAUCAAUAUGAACUCUUCAUUGUCAUUCCUUGGAUUGGUUAAUGUCAAGGCCUUGAUAGACCAUGUCAAGUCCAGGAAUAUACCCCUCGACCACCCUGAAGAGGAAUUGAAGUUCCUCAAUAUAAUUUCUUGGAAGAAGGUUAAUUCCCCUCAGUAUGAAGGAGGUCGUGUGGGCAAGAAAUUCUAUCCACAUAGCUUUGAGGCUGAUGACAAAGAAUGGAUGUCUGAACAACGAUUAAAGCAGAGGAAAACUGUUCUAUGCUUCAAAGAUAACGACAAUGUGCCUUUGUAUCAGAUACACCGUGGUUUCUUCAGCUCAAUGAGGCCUGGGAAGGGCUCAAUUUUGCUUAAUGUUAACGUGACAACAUCUGCGUUCUUUUCUCCGAUCAAUCUCGCCGAAUGGAUAAAAUCAAACCCGAAAAGUUGGGGUAAUUCUGAAAGACUUCUAAAGGGGGUCCGUGUUGUUUUCGACAUUCAUGAAAAGAACAGACAAAAAGUCUUCAACAUCAAAAGUAUCGCGUCGCAUAGUGUGUCAGAGACUAAGUUUAUGAAAGAUGGUACAGAGAUGUUAGUUCAUGCUCACAUGAGUGCUACAUACCAUGAGACUGCGUUCGACAAAAAUGCCCGGUGCAUCAACGUGGGAAGUAUGGAAGAUCCAACUUGGUUUCCAGCAGAUCAUUUGAAAAUUGUUGAAUGGCAAAUUGUUAAGAAGAAUCUACCAGAGCCUUAUGUUGCUGCUAUGAUUGAUGCCACCAAGACUCCUCACCAGAGUAUAGUUGCUAUCAAGGAGACGGGAUUGGCAGAAUUGGGCUUCCUCGAGAAGAGCCCCUUCUACAAGACAUUUGGAAUUAUACCAGACACAAACCUUGUCGAGAUUAAAGCGGGAGCCCUUGAUCCUCCGACAUUACUACUUCGCGAGAAAAACGAAGCUCUGGCCCGUGACGGUGCUUGGGACAUGAAAUCCAAGCAAUGCCGGGAACCGGGUAUUGAAAACAAGACUCUUUACGUUCUGUGGCUGAGACAUGAUGAAAUUCAAGAGCAAACGCAGAACGAGAUGGAAGAAGCUACUCAUACUUUAGCUAGAUCUCUAGAGGAAUUUGGACUUAAUCAUGUUGAGGAACGCGUCUUUUGUCAAGCAAUAGUUCCCGAAGAAAAAGUAGACUCCGAGGUUUAUCGCCAAAACUGCGCCAAAACUUUCGAAAAAGCCCUAGGAUCUGUCUUUAAAGGCACUGGAACUGUGCCCUUGAUUCUGGUUGUGCUCCCAGAACGAAAUCGCAAGCUAUAUCCAGAGAUCAAGAGAUGGGGAGAUUGUGAUAAGGGCAUUCCGACAGUUUGCGUGGUGCGAAGAAAGCUUUCGGGUGGAGGGGACCGCGCUAGAUGCGGUAAUAUCAGCUUAAAGUUCAAUCUCAAAUUGGGAGGCAUCAAUCAACAAGUGUGGAAUGGGUGUGGAACCAAGUCCCGGACUAUGGUUGUUGGAGCAGAUGUCACACAUCCUGGCAAUGAGGAAGGAUGUCCUUCCAUAGCUGCUGUAGUGGCUACCGACGAUUACAGCCGAUUCCAAUAUCUCGGCUCUGCACGACUCCAGGAAGGAAAACAAGAGUACAUUUCGGACCUUCGAGGCAUGAUAAAAGAAAGACUUCUUGCCUGGGCCGAACAUGCUUUGGAAGGCAUAGAACGAGGGCAUGGUGGCAUAUAUCCACGUAUUAUUCCCGAUCACAUUCUCUUCUACCGAGACGGAGUGAGCGAGAGUCAAUUUGGCAUGGUUCGGCAUCACGAGAAACAACAAAUUUUUGAUGGAUGCUCUGACGCAUACAUGGAACUAAAACUCAAUAUCAAGGAAAAAGAAUUUCCUGGCGCCUUGCAAAAAUUAGCCAAAGGUGAGACAUGGAAACCUAAACUCACCCUUAUCGUUGCAAUCAAGCGACAUCAUGCGAGAUUUUACCCUUUGACUCUAGUGGACGAUGAUCCAAAUUUGGGUGCUGGAACUAUUGUCGAUUCGGUAGUCGUGACACCCAAUCACUUUAGUUUCUACUUGCAGAGCCAUUGCAGUCCACUCGGCACGGCCAAAAGUACUCAGUAUGUUGUGAUCUACGAUGAUCUUAAUUACAAGAAAGACCCAAAGGAAAUCAUGAAUAUUACAAACAAGCUUUGCUACACCGGCUCUCGCGCUUCCAAAGCUCUCUCUGUCUGUACACCAGCCCGCUACGCAGAUAUGCUGUGCGAUCGCGUGAGAUGCUAUUUGAAGCCUGUAUUAGAGGGCUAUCACGAUGAGAAAAUCACGGAUGAUAUGGUUGGAACACAAAGAGUAGCUGUUUAUGGAGAGAAUAAGCUCGUUUGGAAACCAAUUGCUACAAAAGAGCUACCAGAUGGGUGGAAGAAUCCUUGGAAUCCAUCGAUCAGCAAGAUAAUGUUUUAUCUUUGA